AUGGCGAAAAGGUCGACAGAGUCUGGACCUUUUAAGUUCUGCAAGAUAGCAAGAGGAACAAGCAAAGCCGCACGCAAACGCCCCUGGGUGGGCUGCUACUGGCUGCUAAGCGAGACUCUUCAGACCAGAGCGACUUGUGCGUUUCGGACGACUUCGACAACCCGACAUUUCGACAACAAAUUAUCAACACCGUCCUCCCGGAGUCUGUCGACCGAAGCCUUCGCCAUGGCCGAUAUCGAUGUUCAGGUUGCUCAAUGGAAGCUGGUUGAGGUUGGCCGCGUUGUGCUGAUCCGCAGCGGUCCUUACACCGGCAAGCUCGCUGCCAUUGUUGAGAUUGUCGACCACAAGCGUGUCUUGGUUGACGGUCCCUCCACCGAGGAGCAGAAGAUCGUUCCCCGCCACGUCCUUCCUCUCUCCCACGCCACCCUCACUCACUUCGUCAUCCCCCGUUUGCCCCGUGCUGCCGGUACUGGCCCCGUGAAGAAGCUUUGGCAGAAGGAGGAGAUCGAUGGCAAGUGGGCCAAGUCCAACUUCGCCCAGAAGACCGAGCGCGCUGAGCGCAGGAAGAACCUGUCCGACUUCGAGCGCUUCAAGGUCCUCCGCCUCCGGAAGCAGGCUCGCUACGAGGUCCAGAAGGCUCACGCUAAGCUCAGGGCGGCUGCUCCUAAGUCAUAGACGGUUCAUGAGGCUCGGUGCAUAGAGUGACAGGGUUGCCUUGGGACGGGGUUAUUUGCUGAUGGUUUAAUUUAUUUUCAGCAAAAUGGGCUGUACGCAUUAUUGACAGCAUAAAAAUGAUUCAAGAACCUUUGAUAUCCUGGCAUAGGUUAUCCUCGUACGUCAUGAAAGAUGGAGGGCGGCACGGAACGCCUUGCAAUUAGUAUAUGGCAAAUGGUAUCUCGGGGUAUUAAUGAUCUUGACAUGACCUGGUCAUCAACUUAGACAAAAACCAAUCCACAAAGCCAAAUAUGUUCCAGUAAAUCAAAAACAGUAGAAUUGAUACGGUG